GGAUUUUUUUUCCGUUAUGUACUUUGAACGCACCAUCACGCAGAUGCGUCUUUGCGUCACGGUCACGUCCAGCCCUUCCUCGGUGUGCGUGCUUUGCUUCCACCCUUGAAUUACAGACAUCAUGGCGUCCCUAUCCAUGGCCCCGGUCAGCAUCUUCAAACACGGAGCCGAUGAAGAAAAAGCAGAAACUGCACGACUGUCGUCUUUCGUUGGCGCCAUCGCCAUUGGCGAUCUGGUGAAGAGCACUCUGGGGCCGAAGGGAAUGGAUAAGAUUUUGAUCAGUGGAGCAAAAGGCGGCAUGGUGACGGUAACCAACGACGGAGCGACCAUCUUGAAGGCCAUCGGCGUCGACAACCCGGCUGCCAAGGUUCUUGUUGACAUGUCGAAGGUUCAGGACGAUGAAGUCGGAGACGGGACGACCUCGGUCACUGUGCUCGCCGCCGAGCUGCUGAGGGAGGCAGAGCUUCUGAUUGCCAGGAAGCUCCACCCUCAGACCAUCAUCUCAGGCUGGAGGAAGGCGACUCAGGCGGCCAGGGAGGCUCUAAGGGAGGCAGCUGCCGACCACAGCAACGACCCGGACCGCUUCCAGGAGGACCUGCUGAACAUCGCCCGCACCACGCUGUCGUCCAAGCUGCUGACGCACCACAAAGACCACUUCUCCAAGCUGGCGGUGAACGCCAUCAUGAGGCUGAAAGGCUCCGGCAACCUGGAGGCGAUCCACGUCAUCAAGAAGCUGGGAGGAAGCCUCACCGACUCGUACCUGGACGAAGGUUUCCUGUUGGACAAGAAGAUCGGGGUGAACCAACCGAAGAGGAUGGAGAACGUCAAGAUUCUGAUCGCCAACACCGGCAUGGACACCGACAAGAUCAAGAUCUUCGGCUCCAGAGUUCGCGUUGACUCCACGGCGAAGGUUGCGGAGAUCGAGCUAGCCGAGAAGCAGAAGAUGAAGGAGAAAGUCGACCGAAUCCUGAAGCACGGCAUCAACUGCUUCAUCAACAGGCAGCUGAUCUAUAACUACCCAGAGCAGCUGUUCGCUCAGGCUGGAGUCAUGGCCAUCGAGCACGCCGACUUCGCCGGCGUCGAGCGCCUCGCUCUCGUCACAGGCGGUGAGAUCACCUCCACCUUCGACCACCCGGAGAUGGUGAAGCUCGGUCACUGCAAGCUGAUCGAGGAGGUGAUGAUCGGCGAGGACAUGCUCCUCCACUUCUCUGGGGUUGCCAUGGGUGAGGCUUGCACCGUCGUCCUGCGCGGAGCGACGCAGCAGAUCCUGGACGAGGCGGAGCGCUCGCUGCACGACGCUCUCUGCGUUUUGGCUCAGACUGUGAAGGAGCCGCGCACCGUCUACGGAGGAGGCUGCUCUGAGAUGCUGAUGGCGAAGGUGGUGAGCGAUUUGGCCAAUAGGACGCCAGGAAAGGAAGCGGUUGCCAUGGAGUCAUUCGCCAAAGCGCUCAGGAUGUUGCCAACCAUCAUUGCAGACAACGCCGGAUACGACAGCGCCGACCUGGUGGCUCAACUGAGAGCUGCACACCAAGAGAACAAAACCACAUAUGGACUUGACAUGUCCGAAGGCUCGAUAGGCGACAUGGUGACUCUGGGAAUCACCGAGUCGUUCCAGGUGAAGCGCCAGAUGCUGCUGAGCGCCUCCGAGGCGGCGGAGAUGAUCCUCAGAGUCGACAACAUCAUCAAAGCUGCUCCCAGGAAGAGAGUCCCCGACCAUCACCCCUGCUGAACCAGGAUUCAGACGACAAACAGGAGACGGAUGAGAUUUAUUUAUCACCUCUGUGUAAUCCAGACGGUUUCUUUUUUCCCGUUAGCAUCGCAGCGCCGCAGAUAUCUGGCUACAAUUUGCUGUCAAACAUUUAGAUAAGGAAGUUUGGAUGUUGUUUUUGUUUACUGAAAUAAAAACGAAAGCUCAAG